AGUCGUUCUCUCUCUUUGGAGCAGAACUUACAUUUUCUAGUGCUAAAUUAAAAUCAUCUUUAAGAAUACGUGUCGUUAAGUUGAAAAACUUUCUAAAAAUUCACCACAUAUUCUUCUUCAUUCUUACGACCAUUCUUCGUUCAUUGAACUUGCCGAAACCAGUUGAUGUGCGUAAAAUUUGGAUGCUGCUUAUUUUGGAUGAAUAAAAAGAACUAUCGAAUUCACGAAGAAGUUUAGUUGGUGCUGUUUCAGCUGCAAAGAUGCAUCUCUUUGGUAUUUUUUGCUUCUUUCUUGUGGUGUUCUUUAACACUAAAGACACUUGUGCUGAUAUUCAGGAUAUGUACUACUGGAAAACACCUGAAUUUGAAAAUCAACCCCUAAAAGACGACGACUACAUCGGGCCUUACCCCUACUAUAUACGCUCCAAUGUGGACGUUCUGGGAUCUGGCUACCAUGCCCAGAGUGGAUUAAUGAUUGUAACCAUUGGACGACUUAGGGAAGGAGUUCCAACAACCCUCAAUGCUUUCUGCACUUCAGACUACCCUCCUGGCACGAGUCCACACCUUUGGGCUUUUCCAGACUACAAAUCCAACACCCUCCUACCCUCGGACUACAGCACAAAUGUUCACCAAGGACGUAAAUUGGACCCAGAACCUACAUCCGAUGAAUUGAGACACAAGAAUCCCUACAACAACAACUACUACAUAAAAUCCGAUUUACGCUUAAUCUCCGUCUACCAUGCAAGCAUUGACAAUAAGUGCAACAGACUCUACGUCAUAGACACGGGAACAAUGAGAACGAAUGACAAUGUGAGGUAUUGGAUUCAGAAGCCAGCUCUUGUUGUCUUCGAUCUACCCCCAGAUGGAUGUACUACACGGAAAUUCCCCAUAAUCCGAAGGGUUGAACUACCCGAGAGUGUCUGGAGGGACCCCCUGGGAUUCGACUACGCCUCAAUUGAUCAUCAAAUUAAGGGUGGAUGCGAUGAUAUAUUCAUUUACUUCGAUAACAUCUUCGACAACUCCAUCGUGGUGUAUGACUAUGUGAAGAAUGAUUUCUGGAUGUUGGCCAAUCACACGUCAUUCCUCCCGGUUCCCGAUGAAUCCUACAUCUUGGACAAGUACCAACUGAACUAUGGCGUCAUGAAUAUUGCUCUUGGGUGGCCCGAUAAGAAGGGCAACCGUAUUGCCUACUACGCCCCUGGUGCGAGCACCGCUGAGUAUGCUGUUACGACAAAAACCCUAAAAGGGAAACGCAAAACUCAGUCUAACUUUGGAAGUGAAUUCCGGCUGAUAGGCUACCAUGGGUGCAAGGGAAGUAUCCAUAGGCAAUUCUUCGAUCUCAGCUGCGGCGUCAUGUUCUUCGCUCACAUGGCAUCAGGCGAGAUAGCGUGCUGGAAUGUUGGGAAUCCCUUCAAUCCCAACUACCUCCACACAAUCAUAAAGCCAGAUCCAUUUGAGGUCUUCUCAGACGUCUACGUGGACGCUGAAGGCUACCUCUGGAUGCAUUCCUGCUCAAUUUACAUUGUUCUCGGAUCUAGUGAUCCACUGGAUAUCACCAAAGUUAAUUCAAGACUCCGAAAGGUUAGAGUUCAAGAUGCAAUCAGGGGUACUGUUUGUGACACCUACGGUGGGCUACCUGAUGAGAUUGCCUGGAAUUAUUUGGAUGAUCAGUAAGUUGUGAAGAUAGAUUACUACUGGAGUAGUAAAAAUAACGUUUUAAGGGAAAUUUUGGAAAAAUGGAUAAAAAAUGAUGAAAAUUGCAAACUUUUCAUGCUUCAGCGACGGUUAUUUAACGAUUUAUGUUUGAAUUUUUUAGAUUAGAUUUCAUUUAGGUUUGAAUUUAAAUGAUAAACUUAAAGCUUUUUCAAUGAUUACCUAUCUUGGUUAAGGAAUUAACCAGAAAGAAACUUUUUUCAUGUCUCAGCGACGGUUAUAUAACUAUUUAGGUUUGAAUUUUUUAGAUUUUAGAUUAGAUUUCAUUUAGGUUUGAAUUUAAAUGUUAAACUUAAAGCGUUUUCUAUAAUUACCUAAAUUGGUUAAUGCAUGAAUUAACCAGAAAGAAAUUUUAAUGCAGUAAGGAGUCCUAAAACAGUUAAACCGGUUCAAUUUCAAUUAAAUAAAUAAAUUAAAUUCCUUAAGCUCAAUAUGUAAACUCUUCAUGGAAACAGAUUGAAAUAAAUUUUUGAAAAUAAAUUAAAAUUAAAACGUG